CGGGAACAUAGGAACCGAGGAGAGUCCCGGGUCCAGGCUGAACUUCUUGAAUCUUCCAACAAACAACUCUCCAAACUCCAAACUCCAAACUCACUCUUCGAUCUUCAAUCUUCAAAUUCAACCCUCGAAUUUCAACUCCCAAACGCCGAUAGACUUUCCCGUCUCAAACGAAAGCAAUAUGCCUCGUCAAUCAAGAUCCGGUGGCGGAAGCCGACCCUCUCGUCCAACUGUUGCCCCUUCAAGACCUGCUCCUCAACAAACCCGUCCUGCUACCACUGCGGCAUACCCUCCCGCAAGAGCCGCCCCAGCGCCAGCUGCCCCUCCUGCUGCUGCUCCUGCUCCUGUGCAAGCGCAGCCACAAGCGUCAGCCGGUCCAGGUCUUUUCGGACAAAUGGCCAGCACAGCUGCAGGUGUUGCAGUAGGAUCAUCAAUCGGCCAUGCCAUCGGUGGCCUCUUUUCAGGCGGUUCUAGCGCACCAGUAGAGCAACCACAAGCCAACAACGCCGUUGCUACCCAGGGACAGAGUGCUGAGAACAACUGGGGCGCACGAAGCUGUGAUGCAGAUGCGAAGCAGUUCACAAAGUGCAUGGAUGACAACCAGGGCAAUAUGCAGAUCUGCGGUUGGUAUCUGGAGCAGCUGAAGGCGUGCCAGCAGGCUGCUAGCCAGUACUAGAAGUUGAAGAGGACAUUAGGUCAACUGGAAACAAC